AUGACCUGGGCUCGGCGCUGCGUCUCCCUGCUCCGCGAAGCCGAGGCCCCCAGCGCCCCAACCGUCGCCGCUCUCUCGCGAUCAAAGACGCUCGUACCCUCCCGGCGGCGGCUUCGAUCCCCAGCGACCCCCGACUGCACAGGAUGCUUGGGGUCAGAAUCAGCCGCCGCAUCGGAAAUCAAGGAGAAAGAGAAGCAAGUCAUGCAAUGGGCUCCCGCUCCGGCGCAAGUGUCCGUGAGGCGCUUGUCCAUUGCUGCGUGUGGGAGCGCCUUCCAGCGCGGAUGGAUCAUCCCCUCAGCUGCGGAAGCGAUUGGGCUGCAGGGCGGGUUGGUGAGUUGCGCUCGAGGGAUCCAGAUUGCUGCUGGGGACCCCGAUGCGGAUGCGAGUGCCGACAGCGCCAGGGAGAGGAUGGCCAUGGCGAUGAGCAUGAGGCCUCGGCGGGUGAGGAGGUCGAACGUUGGGGCGCUGGACAUUCGCGUGGGGCUGGUCGUGAGCGCGAGGGCCCAUCCGGGGUCGGCGGAACUGGCGGUGACGGAGGUGGACGUGGGGGAGGGGGCGAGCCGCACGAUCGUCGGCCGGUUUGCGAGGUUCCUUCGGCCGGAGGAGGUGGAAAGGAGGCGGGUGGUCGUCCUGUGCAACACGAAAACUCGCAAGAUGCUGGGUGUCGAGACCACAGGCCAGAUCCUGUGUGCCAUCAACCCCAGCCUGCAGACCUUCCAGCUGCUAAACCCCCCAGUGGAGGCGUCCAUCGGGGAACGAGUGUUCUUUGGGAGCCAGGAAUGGCAGACACCUCCCGAGAAGUCAUCUACUGUGGACAGGUGGAAGCUCUGGGCAGGGAUGCAGCCGUUCAUGAAAACGGGCCCUGAUGGUGUGGUCACAUACAAAGGGUGCCCCAUGAACACCAGGUCAGGGCCAGUUGAAGCCCCAAAGGCUCCACAGGGAAACGUUACAGUGGUCGUGUGGAAGGAUCUGAAUCCUGGAGCAGUGGCCACAGAACCAGGCGCUCUGAAGGAUCAUGGUAGCGAACCCAAAACAAGGGUUGCAUCCGAAGCCCAAACAUGA